AUGAAGAGAGGCCUUGAUGGGCCUGCUGGCCCGUCCAAGCUUGCCAGACCAGAGGAGGUGGAGGACUCGGCCGAGGCACGACGCCAGCCUGACGACAUUGCCGACGAAGAGCUAGGUGAUUAUGGAAUCCCCAGCGGGUGGAAGCAGUGCCCUGCCCAGGGCCAGCCUAUCAGCAGGUUCAUCCCUUCCAAGGUGCCGCUGGGCGCCCACUUUGACGACUACAUCCCGGCAGCACAGCGGUACAACGUGGACCAGGCGCAGGAGAGAGCUGACGCGAAGGGGGCUGCCCUUCAGGCGCGCUGCGCCACGGUGAUCGACCUGACCCGCAGUACCAGGUACUACGACGUGCGCCGCUGGCAGGAGCUGGGCGUGCGAUACAUCAAGAUCCCCUGCCGAGGUCGGGGGCAGGUCCCACAGCCAGAGGCUGUCAACGACUUUGUCUGGGAGGUCGCCAGUCAGAGGGCAGGGCAGUCCACUGUCCUCGUGCACUGCACCCACGGCUUCAACCGCACAGGCGAGGAGGGCUACAUGAUCGUGAGCUACUGCGUGCGCAUGCACCACUGGACAGUGGAGAAGGCGCUGCACGCCUUUGCGCUCUCCCGCCCCCCGGGCAUCUACAAGCACUACUACAUCCGCCAGCUGUACCGGUACUACCACGAAGCGGUCCCCGCCGCGGCUGUCAUGCCCGCACUGCCGGACUGGAAGGCGGGCGACGCACCCGACUCGGGCGACGAGGGUGGAGAAGGGGAGAAUGGCGCCGAGGCGCCGCCAGAGCACAUGGAGCAUGACGAUGUGCUGGGCGAGGAGGUGUCCCCCGCCGAGGCGGCCACGGUCUGCGGCAGCAUCGUGGAGAUGAUCGCGGGGCCGGCGCAGGACCACCGCAGGGCCUGGUUCCCGGGGUCGCAGCCCGUCAGCCUGGACCGGAGCAACCUGGAGCUGCUGCGCCAGCGUAGGUACUGGGUGACGUGGAAGGCCGACGGGACACGCUACAUGCUGGUCAUCCUGCCGUCGGGCACAUACCUGGCGGACAGGAAGCUGGCCACGCGCCGAGUGCAGAUGCGCUGGCCCCUGCCAGCCAAGCCCCAGGCUGGGGUGCCCCAGAAGGCCCCCGUGGGACCACCCCACUCCCUGACGAUCCUGGAUGGUGAGAUGAUCGUGGACGACGACCUGCUGUCAGACAGGAAGCAGCGGCGCUUUCUGGCAUAUGAUCUGAUGGCCCUCAAUGGGAAGUCAGUCGUCGGCCUGCCCUGGAAGGAGAGGUACGACAUGAUAAAGCGAUACGUGAUGGACCCAAGAAAGUUGGAACGGCACGUCAUCGAGACCAAGCAGUGGUCCUUCCCCUACCAGUACGGCGAGGAACUGUUUCACGUGCGACGAAAGGAGUUUUGGCCGCUGACCCAGGCAGACAAGCUGCUGCACGACUUCAUCCCCAACCAGGUCUCCCACGAGUCUGACGGCCUCAUUCUGCAAGGGUACGAGGACGCCUACGUCCCCGGCACCUGCCAGGAGCUGCUGAAGUGGAAGUUCGCGCACCUCAACUCCGUGGACUUCCGGCUGCGCUGGGACCCCAAGACCUCCACGGCGGGGUUGGAGCUGUUGGAGACUCGGGCGGGGGGGGCUCGACCUCGUGGCUACCACCUCCUCCCCGGCGCCACCAUCGCCUUCCCCGGCGGCGAGGACCCGGCCGCGCUGCAUCAGCGGAUUGUGGAGGCAGCCUACGAUGCCGAGGCGGGGUCCUGGGUGUACAUGCGCGAGCGGCGCGACAAGCCCACGCCCAACGCCUACCACGUGUACGAGAGCGUGGCGCGCUCCAUCCAGGACAACAUCCAGGAGGAGGAGCUGCUGGAAAGCAUCGCCGUGGCCCUGCAGCUGCCGCUGUACGAGCGAGACCGGGCGCGCCAGGCGGCAGGGGUCCGGGCCGCCUGA